CAUGUCAUCUCCCCCGUCUCGCGUUUCUGCGUGACGUCACGGAAUCCCGGAAAGCUGAUCGCCACUCAACUGAGAUCCGAGGUGCCACGCGACUGACGUCUCCCGAACGGCCGCGCAUGCCUGCGUCGUAGGCUUCGAGCGCGGAGGACCCGUCAACCCAGCCUACUGCUUUCUGUGAGGAUCUGGGUUCGGUGGAACAUUUGCACGUUCUCCCCGGGACCUCUAGGCUACCAGUUCCUGUGCCACUGUGCUCUACAGAAUCGGUCAGAUGGGGUGAAGCCACUCAGCGCAGCUCAGUACGAAAAGGUACCAGCAUGCUGCCAGUUCCUCUGCCACUUUGCUGUACAGAAUCGGUCAAAUGGAGCAAAGACACUCAGCGGGAGAGAAACCAUUCAAGUGCACUGUGUGUUUCAAGGCGUUUGCACAUUCAUCAAUUCUUCAGGUCCACCAGAGAACACACACUGGAGAGAAACCCUUAAAGUGCACUGUGUGUGGGAAGGCAUUUGCAAAGUCAUCACAUCUUAAUACACACAAGAGUACACACACAGGAAAGAGACCCUUCAAUUGCACUGUGUGUGGGAAGGCCUUUGCACAGUCAUCACAUCUUAAAACACACCAGAGAAUACACACAGAAGAAACACCCUUCAAGUGUACUGUGUGUGGGAAGGCAUUUGCACAUUCAUCACAUCUAAAAAGACACCAGAGAAAACACACAGGAGAAAAACCCUUCAAGUGUACUUUGUGUGGCAAAGCAUUUGCACAGUCAUCAAUUCUUCAGGGCCACCAGAGAACACACACAGGAGAGAAACUAUUCAAGUGCACUGCGUGUGGGAAGGCAUUUCCAGAGUCAUCGCAUCUUAAAAUACACCAGAGAAGUCAUACAGGAGAGACACCCUUCAAGUGCACUGUGUGUGGGAAGGUGUUUGCACAUUCAUCAAUUCUUCAGGUGCACCAGAGAACACACACCGGAGAGAAACCCUUCAAGUGCACUGUGUGUGGGAAGGCAUUUGGACAGUUAGGACAUCUUAAAAUACACCAGAUAACACACACGGGAGAGAAACCCUUCAAGUGCACUGUGUGUGACAAGGAAUUUUCACAGUCAUCAUAUCUUAAAAAACACCAGAGAACACACACAGGAGAGCAACCCUUCAAGUGUACUUUGUGUGGCAAGGCAUUUCUAACUUCAUCAAAUCUUAAAACACACCAGAGAACACACACGGGAGAAAAACCCUUCAAGUGUACUUUGUGUGGCAAGGCAUUUGCACGGUCAUCACAUCUUAAAAUACACCAGAGAAGUCACUCAGGAGAGACACCCUUCAAGUGCACUCUGUGUGGGAAGGCGUUUGCACAGUCAUCAUAUCUUAAAAGACACCAGAGAAUACACACAGGAGAAACACCCUUCAAGUGCAGUGUGUGUGGGAAGGCAUUUGCACAUUCAUCACAUCUUAAAAGACACCAGAUAAAACACACAGGAGAAAAACCCUUCAAGUGUACUUUGUGUGGUAAGGCAUUUGCACGGUCAUCAAUUCUUCAGGGCCACCAGAGAACACACACGAGAGAGAAACCCUUCCAGUGCACUGUGUGUGGGAAGGCGUUUACAGAGUCAUCGCAUCUUAAAAUACACCAGAGAACACACACCGGAGAGAACCCCUUCAAGUGCACUGUGUGUGAGAAGGACUUUUCACAGUCAUAUCUUAAAAAACACCAGAGAACACACACAGGAGAUCAACCCUUCAAGUAUACUUUGUGUGGCAAGACAUUUCUAACGUCAUCAAAUCUUAAAACACACCAGAAAACACACACAGGAGAAAAACCCUUCAAGUGUACUUUGUGUGGUAAGGAAUUUGCACAGUCAUCACAUCUUAAAAUACACCAGAGAAGUCACUCAGGAGAGACACCCUUGAAGUGCACUCUGUGUGGGAAGGGUUUUCGACAGUUCGGGGAUCGAAAUAAGCAGCAAUCGAUUCAUCAGGAAAUGUAUCUGAAAUCGGCUUGUGAAAGUCAAAGUACUGCAAUUAGUCCAUCCCUCAUGAAACAAGAACCAGAAAAACAUUUGAGAUAUGAAACGUGGCCAGGAGUGAAGGCGAAAUGUCAAGAAGUGAAAAUGAAAUUUGAAUCGGUGAAAAUGAAGAGCGAAGAAGUGAUGGUAAAGAGUGAAGUGAUAGUGAAAUGUGAGGAUGAAGAUUCAACUCCAAAAUCUGACCUUAAUGUCGAUGGAGGCAGUGUGAAGCUAGAGGAGACUGUGGACUCUGAGGCAGAGCGAGGCAACUCCCAGAAAUUUGUGGAUGUGGAGGUGUGGGUGGAUUUUUUAGGCACUACUGAGUCAAAUGGAGACCAAGUAGACGUGUAUCAUUGAACUUAGGAUAAAGAAGUUCAAUUUCAUUCACAGGCCUUUCCCAUUACAAGGAUUUAACUUCCAAGUAGUCAAUUAUGUGAAGCUGGAGGAGGCUGCGGACUGAGUGAAAUGAAACCCAGCAGUUUGUGGAGGUGGACUUUUUGGAGGAUGCAGAGUAGAAGCGGCCAGCAUGUGUGGACUCUGAGGUUGGGUAGAUCUGUAAGCAGGAGUGGGAGACAAAAAAACCUCCGUAGCAUUCAACGUGUUAUAUUUUUAUUGAUGAUUGGCGCUUGCAUAUAUGCUUUAUUUCAUUCUCACUGUACGCGGCCAUUAUUGCUAAUCAAAGGUGAAACGCUUCAGCAACUAACAGGGGCUUGGAUCAUUCCAUCUCAAUCGUUCAACGGCUAGCCUAAGUGGCAGCUGUCCCUUUGUGGUACAAGGUGACUUGGUACCGACAUGCAAAUGGACAUGAGUGCCAGUAGGGCGGAGCGUGGGGGGUAAAAAGAAAUAUGGGAAGGAGGGGUAGACAGCAUUUGGAACCCUUUAGAUCAACUUUUUACACCCACUUUCUAUAACUUUUUGAUUCAGGACUUCUGAAAGGCUUUUAUAAUUUUUAUGAUGGACAAACGGAACCCGGCGUUGCCUGGGCGAAAAAGACACACAUCGACUUGCACACACUUUAAAUGUAUAUGAGUUUAGCGGAAGAAGCAAGGAACAGAAAAAAAUAAUUGUCUGCACACAAACAUUAUGAUUGUAAUAUUUGCCAGCUGAUUAUUUUAAAAAUAGGUUUCUAUGAACGUGAUUUGACGCAAUAACCAACAAAAAUAUGUGAUUAUUUGCAAGAUCAUUAAAAUACCAUGUUUCUGUGUACAUGAGUUGAGCGAAAGAAGCAAGGAAUAGUAAAAUUAGUAGUCUGCACACAAACAUUAUAAAUGUACAUUCAUUUUCUGUCGAUAGAAAAAAAAUGAAAAGUGUAAAAAAGAUCACUACCAUACAACAACCGCCAUUCGGCACUCAGUGGUGGUGACGUCACCACGACGCUUGUGGCAGGCUAUGUGCACUUUGAGGCCACGUGAAGUGUCGAACGCCCGCUGGCAGGGGGUGACAGGGCAGAUCCAGAUGCGACAGGACUACUGGCUGAUGCACCAUCUGUGCCUCCGACUGUGCCAACUUGCUGUGCUUUAGCCACUCGGCGCUCCGCCCGUUGUUGUGAGCGUCGCUCCUCCGCCCUUCGUUUGAGGACGACUGCCUCCAACUGGACAGUAGCGUCCUUCAUAAGCCUCCACAGAGGCCGAUCUUAGCACUGGUAGCAGUCAUCGGCAAGUCCACGCAGCUCCACAUCCUCCUGUACCACAUCACUCCAUCUCUUCGGUAGCUCACGCCGCGCCCGUUUAGUCCCCACGAUCCGGCCGAACAAAAGCUGUUUAGGCAUGCGGGCUACAUGGGCCAGUCAACGCAGCCUUGCCUGCCGGAGGAACUCACUGGUGGACUUUGUCCACAUCUUUAAAGGAUUUGUGAGCUCUUCACACAAUCCAGCCUGGUUAGACCCAGGAUGGAUCGUAGACAGGCCAGCAUAAAUGUUUCUAACCGGCGAAGAUGUUCCAUUAGGGGGGUUCCACAUUUCGCAAGCAUAGAGAAGGGAGGGAAUGACUGUGGCCGAGAAGACCUGAAGCUUCGUGCAGAGCGACGAAUCGGGUAGCUUCCACACAGCAUUACGCAACCGAUGAAAAGACAAUGCCGCUCGACUGAUAUUUGUUGCGCAAUUUGUAUGGCUUUGUGACAAAUGCUAAAUUAUUUAAAAUGUUUGUAGCUACAUGAGGUAACAGAAAGAGGCAAAGAAUAUGAAAUCCUGCAGUCACGAAAGAUGUAAGUGAAGAUAAGUAAUGUAAUAAUAGGAAGGUGAUAUUUUCACAAAUAGGUGUAUUUGAAUGUGAGUUCACAAUAAUUAAGAUUAAAGUAAUGGCCAAGUUAUAAGCAACACAUUUUAGGUGUGCGAUUUGUAUGGUGUGUAUGACAUUGUGACAACUGCAAAUAUUAUUUAAAUGUUUGUAGCUACGUGACGUAACAGAAAGAGGCAAAGAAUAUGAAAUUCUGCAGUUACGAAAGCUGUAAGUCAAGAUAAGUAAUGUAAUAAUAGGAAGGUGAUAUUUGCAUAAAUAGGUGUAUUUGAAGGUGAGUUGAGACAAUAAUACAGAUUAAAGUAAUGGGCAAGUUAUGAACCGAAAAUAUUUGUUGUGAGCACACAAAAAAACAAUAGAAUAUUCCCUUUGCAUAAAUAGAUGUAUUUUAACGUGAGUUGACGCAAUAAUAAAGAUGAAAGUAAUGGGCAAGUUACGACCAAAAAAAACGUUAUGAGCACACAAAAAUAAUAGAAUAUUACCAAGGUGAUGAAUUAAAAAAACUUUUGUACGGACGUGAAUGUAGCUACUUGCCAUAGCGGCGGUGAGGCCUAGUCCCGUGCGGAGCCCCCGUCCUGGCCAAGCUUGCCGAGCCGGCGGAGGUGGCACAUUGCCAGGCUGGGGGCUGGGCCGUCCGUCCCCCCCACCAUACCCCCGCCCGUGCACCAAAAAAGCCAUGUAAGCACUAUAAUAUUACA